CGGCCAGAGAGUCCUUCGGUGUCAUCCUCGGUGAAAACGUCGCUCAUAGCAUGAACUGCUGCCUCAAUUCCAGCUUUUGCACCCGAGCAUAGCUGGUCAGCCCCACAGACCUCCUGGACAUCAAUUCCCGUAGCAAGUGCCAUGGCCUUUGCCUCAAUGCGCUGCCUGCAUUCACCCACUCCGAUUGGCCGCACUCCUGGUAGCUUGUCCAGUGCAAUGCCUCUCCGAGCAAGGAAUGCUCGGAAUGCUCGCAUGUUGCACCACUGCAAUCAUGUACAUGUACAUGUACAUUAACAUGCACACAGCAUACUCUACCCGGUACCCUGCUCACAGCUGCAAUGUACCGUAGACCUACGUUGCCCAGUUUUGCUGUCAGUGGCACAGUCUGCCUGGCUGAUUGCAUUGUAUAUGUGUCAUGCACAUAUCCAGGAUGUAUACAAUGUAUUACUUGACACAAUAGUAUCACUAAAUACGUGUGCCUCCGACAUGUUGUUCACCAGCAGAGCUACUAUGUCUAUGGGGAGUAUGGCAUCAUCUAGACUUCAUGAACCCUUCCACAAGUCUCCAUGUACAUGUACAUGUGGAGAUGUCUCUUUUCUCUCAAACAUACAGUCGAGCGAUUGAGUGAGUUCCCAAAGAACGAAACAGCAUGCUGUCCGCAGACUGAGUACAGUCGAAAUAAAAAGUUUGGAACUGGCAGGCAUGUGCGCUCAGUCUACAUCCUCCCAGCUUUACAUUUGAAAGAAUUGUUUUAAUAUUAGAACCCAGAGUGGUAUGCAGUGACCAAGGGAGUACGUUACACAAGACGUUCCCAGACUCUUCGUUGUCCUGAACGACAUCUGCAGUGGAUGAGGAUACUGUAUAUUUAGCAUAUUACCAGCCAAAGCCGGUGUAUAGAGAUCGCAAGCAGAGGAGGCUCAGAGACAGUGGCUGGUAGUGGAGUCCAUUCAUUUUCGGCAGAGGGUUUCUCACGUCUCCUCAGCGCGUGCUUGGGUAGCCUUCAGCGUGGCUGGCAGAAUGAACCUACAGGUAUUUCGAGAAUGGCCUGUACUAAGCAUCUUUGUGCAUGUAACCCUAUUGCUAAGCAUACCCACACACCUGGAGCUCCUGCUGAUUGGCUUAGCUCCGCAGGUCAAUUUCUCCAUAGCAACGACAACAGACGGGCCGAUUGUGACGUCACAGACAAGUGGAUGUGAACCCAACCCAUGUCUAAACGGAGGACAAUGUCUGAAUGCAACCUCAGGCCCAAGCUGUUAUUGCUCAAGCUUUCCCUACACGGACGGUGAACGAUGUGAAAUCAACGUGCUAGAUGCCAGUCCGGUUUGUCCGACUAACCCAUGCCUGAAUGGCGGUACCUGCGUCCGGCUCCUGGGAGGAGAUUUUAUGUGCGCAUGUUCAUCUGGUUAUUCUGGCCGUGUGUGCGACGUUCCACCGAACAACAGUUUGUCUUUGGUAAGCCAUUGUUUUCCAAACCCGUGUAUGUACGAAGGGAUUUGCUCCGAGACGGCGACAGGAUUUCGGUGCACUUGCAUUGUUCCCUUGACCGGGAAUAUGUGCCAAGAGAUCCCAAAUGGAACGGACAUGUGUGAUCCAAAUCCAUGUCAAAAUGCUGGAGUGUGCACAGGAGGCUUAGAGGGAGACUUCGCGCCGCUGGUUUGUGUAUGUUCGGCACCCUAUCAAGGAAUGUUCUGCAAGGAUAUACAAGGAUCAGAUGAUGGCAAGACAAAGAUCAUCAUUAUAGCGGUGGCGUGCAGCAUCGCAGCCAUACUCGGCGCAAUCUGCCUUCUCUUUAUUUGGAGAAGGAUCGUCAGACGGAAGGGACGUGAGCGUGAGGGUGUCGCCACUAACAACUCAACUGAAUCUCCACCUGCUCCGGCACAACUAUCACCUCCUGACAGGUACACCUCUAACUCUCAGCCGCAACCUUCCAUGCACAGGUCAAAUUACGUCAUGCCUGAAGGUACUGAUAAUGUAACAGAUGCCCCAGGUACAGGCGUUGCCACUGACAGCUCAGCUGGAUCUCCACCCGCCCCAGCAGACCUACUCCUUCCUGACUGCAACCCUUCUCGCUCUCAGCUGCAAGGAUCGAGUGACGUCAUACCCGAAGACGCCGGUGAUGUUACAGAUGCGCCCGGUACAGGUAAUCAUUUGAUCUAUGCUGAAGCCGUGGAGGCAGACGAUGUGGAGUGUUACGGAAUGACGUCACUACAUCUCACACGCGUGUCAAAUUCUACAUCACAUUAUACGACGGCCCAUCAAAGCAACCAGAAAGUAUUCAUAUCCGACACCACCAACCACUCGUAUGAAAGUGUGCAAAACGAACAUCCUGAAGGCCACAUAAAUGAGAUAAUGGUGGCUGCUAAUCAAGGCAUUGGUGAACGCGUUGAUACGACACGACCCAGGCUACCACCGCCAGCAUCACCAUAUACACCAAUAGCAACACCAACACUACCGCCAUGGACAUCUGAGUCACCUGCAAUUUCACCACCACUGCAACCACGACCAAUAUCUCCACCAUCGCCACAACCGCCAACAUCACCACCAACGCCACCAUCACCAACAUCCCUAUUAACACAACAUUAGGCAUGACCACUACAACCGCCACCACAGAGGUACAGUAAAUAGUGGAUAUAACGUGCCCCUUUGAUUUUCGAUAAUGUUUCACUAUAUCCGGUGCAUCACUACAGCCGAUUUGCAUGUAUGACUGACACAUGGCACAUGACUGUGCAUGAAAUGAUGCGUACACGCUGGAAAAUGCAUGAAAAGCAGCCACGUGUACAUGUGGCUGCUUACAGCAUACAGGGAAGAAUUUUCUCUCAAUCACGUCUGCUGCCAGAUGCAUCCAGGCAACACUGCAUCAGUUUUGGAAGAAAUGAACUAAAUUUGAGGAACAAUUGUUUUGUGAUCAUCACUCUUGAUCAGUAUAAUAUACGAUAUUUUCCUGUGCAUUUGAUAUGGUUUGCUUCCUGAAGCCCAUCACAAUAAGCGAUAUAUCGGUAUAGCCGAUAAUAGUGUGUAUAGUGAUAUUUUAGCUGUAUUUCUUGUGAUUUGAUUUUGAUUUUGGCGAGUUCGAUCAUUAUAGCCGGUAUAUCGUUACACCCGGUCACUUUAUAAACGAUACUCACUGUAACCACCUCCAGAAACACAAGCAGCAGCAGCACCACCAUCCACUCCACCAACACCAUCACUACGAUCACCACCGGCACCACCACCGGCA